UCAGUGAGACUUUCCUGUCACUGGAUACUACUACUCCCAGCCCUCCUCAAAGCCGCCGGAGCAACCCCCUGGUCUUUAGUUUACAAGUGGCAAUUUGACUUGCUCUGCUGCAUGUCUGGAGGGACCGCGGAAAGUGUGGAGACGCCCCGGGGAUUAAGCGCUCGCAGCUUGGAAAGAGAAAAAACCAAACAAAUAAACAAAACGCACCCACCCUAACAAACAUGAGGCUGCUGGAGAGAAUGAGGAAAGAAUGGUUCAUGGUCGGGAUCGUGCUGGCGAUCGCCGGAGCCAAGCUGCAGCCGUCCAUAGGGGUGAACGGGGGACCACUGAAGCCAGAAAUAACUGUAUCCUACAUUGCUGUUGCAACAAUAUUCUUUAACAGUGGACUGUCUUUAAAAACAGAGGAGCUGACCAGUGCUCUGGUGCAUCUAAGGCUGCAUCUGUUUAUUCAGAUCUUUACACUUGCAUUCUUCCCAGCAGCAAUAUGGCUUUUCCUCCAGCUUUUAUCAAUCACGCCCAUCAAUGAAUGGCUUUUAAAGGGUUUGCAGACAGUAGGUUGCAUGCCUCCCCCCGUGUCUUCUGCAGUGAUUUUAACCAAGGCAGUUGGUGGAAAUGAGGCAGCUGCGAUAUUUAAUUCAGCCUUUGGAAGUUUUUUGGGCAUCGUUGUAACACCCUUGCUACUGCUGCUUUUUCUUGGUUCAUCUUCUUCUGUGCCUUUUUCAUCAAUUUUUUCUCAGCUUUUUAUGACUGUGGUGGUUCCUCUUAUUAUCGGACAGAUUGUCCGAAGAUACAUCAAGGAUUGGCUUGAAAGAAAGAAACCUCCUUUUGGUGCUAUCAGCAGCAGCGUCCUCCUCAUGAUCAUCUACACGACGUUCUGCGACACGUUCUCCAACCCGAACAUCGACCUGGAUAAGUUCAGCCUUCUGCUCAUCCUGUUCAUAAUAUUUUCUAUUCAGCUGAGCUUUAUGCUUUUAACCUUCAUUUUUUCAACAAGGAAGAAUUCGGGUUUCACACCAGCAGACACAGUGGCUAUCAUUUUCUGUUCUACGCACAAAUCCCUCACUUUGGGAAUCCCCAUGCUGAAGAUCGUGUUUGCGGGCCACGAGCACCUCUCUUUGAUAUCCGUUCCCUUGCUCAUCUAUCACCCAGCUCAGAUCCUCCUGGGAAGCGUGUUGGUGCCAACGAUCAAGUCUUGGAUGGUGUCAAGGCAGAAGGGAGUGAAGUUGACGAGGCCAACCGUAUAAUGAAGGAGGCGACUUCCCGUAGCAGUGUACAUAUGUACAGGAUUGUACAGACCAACAACUCCGAAGACUUGUACUUGUGAAUGUUGCUUCGAUGCAUAUUUUAUUUUUUUACGGAACUACGAUAUACCUGUUUAAGUGCCUUAAAAUGUAGUUGACAAGAGCAUUACUCCCCGAACAGACUUUGUUGGUUAUUGCCAGGGGUGGUAUCGUCUCUUGGAGUUCGUCCUUUUUUCUAACCCAAGAAAACAGUCGUCGUCAGUGACAAAAAGCAGACACACAUCUUGUGCACCCCCUUUGGUGCAAUGCAACUCUAGACUAGUUGCUGUAAUGUUGGAAAUGAGGUCACACCAUCAGGAAAAUGUCCUUCUGGUGACAGUGAACAUUUCCAAAGUCGUAUUCACGCGUACUUUGAUUUACUGUGUGAUUCUUUUUUUUCUACAACUGUGACAUGCCUCUUCCCUAGCAACUCAGCAGGGGUCACGGAUUGAAUAGAUGCUGAAAAGCACACGAUAUCUGCAUUCCUUGACAUCAUUUUUUUAGACAUUCCUUCAAAUACCUUCCACACAGAAAUUCCUCAGCCCCAUUACAAGAGAUUGUGGUGUUAUGUGUCUUAAAUUUAUUAUAAGCUGCUUCAAAGGAAGGGCCUGAUGUUUGAGUUAUGAGUGAAGUAUGUGAAGUUUUGAGGUAAACUACAGGAUUUGGUUUUCAGGGUUUCUAAAUCAUAGAGCUCAAUGUGUUUUUUCUUCUUUCUUCCCUCGUUUCUCCCUUUCUUUUUUUCCAGCACACUUGCUCACUCGUAGCAGCCAAAACAUGAGACACAGAAACAAGGCGGGCAGUUUGAGAGCAGUGACAAUUAAUCAUGGAUUAUAUUCCACAUUCCACAAUGGAGACCAAAAUUCUUUUC